UAAUCCCUAAGUAAUGUAUCGUAUUACGUCAAUCACUUUGUACGAUUAUAAUAUUCAUAGAUUAGCGACGAAUCGCAAAGCGUUAGUGGCAGUCUGUUCGUAGCUAACAAUAAGACCAAGACCAUGGAUCGUUGGGUGGGUAAAAUUGCCGUCGUGACCGGUGCAAGUUCGGGAAUCGGUGCGGCGAUAGCCGAGGCACUCGUAAAGGAGGGCAUAAUCGUCGUUGGAGUUGCCAGGAGGUUGGAGAAUUUGGAAGCAUUAUCGGCAGGUCUUAAGGGAGCCAAAGGGAAACUUUACGCGAGGCAGUGCGACGUUACCAAAGACGAUGAGCUUUUGGGCACCCUUAAGUGGGUCAACGCCGAAUUAGGAGGCAUCGAUAUUCUUAUCAACAACGCUGGCGUCUGGAGUACCAACCGAGUCAUAGACGGUAACAUUAAAGAGUUUCGAAAGCUGCUCGACCUCAACGUCUUGGCAAGUGCCGUCUCUCUUCAGGAAGCCGUAGCUUCAAUGCAGAGACGUAACGUAGCUGGUCAUAUCAUCAAUAUCAACAGUGUUGCUGGACAUUGGCUUCCCGGUCAAGCUUCAAGUUUGUACCCGGCAACUAAACAUGCAAUUACAACGAUAACGGAGACUGUAAGACGUGAGCUCGCGCUCUCUGGGAGCAAGAUAAAAAUAACGAGCGUCAGUCCAGGAUUCGUAAAAACGGACAUCAUGCGAGCUUCUGGCGUCACGAACCACGAACAAUUCUUCGACGAUCUUCCGCAUCUUCAGCCAAAAACUAUAUCAGAUGCAGUUCUCUACAUUUUGGGUACACCGGAAGAUGUUCAUGUAAUGGAACUAACGCUUUGCCCAGUCGGUGAAAAGGCUUUUUAAAGGCGAGAUCCAGAAAAGUUUGCACAAGCCAAUUAUCUACGAAUAAACGUAUAAUCUACGAA